UAAAUCGUCCUUUUUGUUCAAUACACGUCACCAUCAGUGUCCAUUUUGUGGGCCGUUGGUGACACGAAAUCGAUCGAAACCGUAAAAGCAACCACUAUUACGGCGUUGCACACUAUAUUCGGUGCUAAGAGCAACGUUCCGGAUGUCGAAGAUGCAGUUGUUGACAUAAGUACAUCUUCAGUAAUAUAGAAUCGGACAAAAUCUACUACAAUAUGGAUACACUAACUGAAGACGGUUCCAUGUCUGAGGACGGGUCGGAGCAAGAAUUCGACCAAGAGUUCCUCACCUGCCCGGUUUGUAACAAACUCUUCUGCGAGCCCAAGAUCCUACCAUGUCUUCACACCUUCUGCAAGACGUGUCUAGAAAAGUGGAUGAAACAGAAGGUAUCUUGUCCAUUCUGUCGCACCAAAGUAACACUACCGAGCGAGGGGGUGUCCGGACUCCCUACCAACUUCAACAUCAACAAGCUGCUGGAUUUUAGGAAACUGCAGAAGAGUAAGAAUCUGCCGUGUCAGCUGUGCGAGACCCACGUCAAGGCUUCCUCCAUGUGUGUGGACUGCGGGAAACUGCUGUGCGAUACCUGUUUGAAGCUCCACAACAAGCUUCCACUAGCUAAAGACCACGACAUCCUGAGUUUCGAGGAGCUGAGGAGUAAGGAAAGGCGGUCGAGGUAUCAUCGUAAACUGUACUGCCGCGAUCAUCCAGACCAAGUCCUGGCAUUCUACUGCGACCCGUGCGAACGCCUCGUCUGUCGGGACUGCACUAUUGUACUCCACCGUCCUGGCCCGGACCACGAUCCAAGAGAAGUCGGCAAAGUAGCGCUAGGUCGCCGAGAAGCUCUAAACACCUUGCUGAAGGACACUGAUGGCCUCUUAGAAAAGCUUGACGAAGCCAAGAAAGCUAUCGACCACGACAUGAUGCAGUUUCACGAAAGUCGCCAGGUGGUGGAAAGAGCCAUCUUCAACUACGCUGAAGAGUUGAAGAUUCGGAUAGACGCAAAGGCCAUGGAGUUGGUCUCCGAGCUUGACGAAAGAUGGGAGAGGGAGGAAUCGGUGAUAACAAGACAGAAGGGAGCCUUGGAGAAGAUGCAACAAAACGUCAAAGAAGGAAGACGUUUUUCUGAAGAUGUCUUGAGCCAGGGUAGUGACGCUGAGGUGUUGUCUGUAUGGCAUCAGGUGGAAGAAAGACUGAGACAGAUUCAGACCUUAGAAGUCGAGUACGAACCGUAUGAUCGUAGAAUGAUGUUCAAGCCGUCAAAGGAGGCUUCGAAUGUAGCGAAUAUCCCCGUCAUAGGAACAGUAGAAACCAGUGCAGUAGACCCAGCCAUUACAACAGUGAUGAUACAAGACUAUGUAGAAUGCUUGCAAACCGUUAUCAAGGUAGGUCCACGUGAUUCAAGUGGCGAGCUAUGCAGUACUGACGGCAUAAAGCCGAGAGUAGAGAUCACGGGACCGAAGGGAGAUAGAGUGCACCUUGACCCGGAACCGGAAGCGAACGAGGAUCACACCUGGGACGUUGUAUGGACGCCAUCUUUGAAAGGACUGCACUCGGUCAAUGUCAUGAUAGGCGGCCACGAAGCCAAGGGGAGCCCGUUUGUUUGUGUUAAGAGUAACGAUCCCGUGUUAACGAUCGGUAAGAAAGGUAGUGAGGACGGGGAUUUUGAUAACCCGAUCGGGUUAGCGGUUUACGAAGAUAAACUUAUCGUUGCUGACGGGCAUAAUGAACGAGUCCAAGUGUUUGACGUCAACGGUACGCAUCUGAGCUCGUUCCCAACGUCCGCUUUCACCAAGGGCGUGGCCGUGGACAAGGAUGGCAACAUCAUCGUCACCGCGGGUCAAGAGGUCAUGAUUUUUACGUCAUCAGGUCAACUCCAGAGGACGUUCACUCACGGUGAUUUUGAUAUUCCGUACGGCGUAGCAGUGGACGGGGACGGUCAUAUUGUCAUGGUGGAUAGAGACGCACACUGCGUGUUUCUGUUCGACUUCAACUGCAGACUUAUCAGAAAGAUGGGCGUAGAAGGCAACGGUCUAGGCUGUUUCAACUAUCCAAACUUUGUCACUGUUGAUACAGAAAACAACAUCAUCGUAUCCGAUUUGAGAAAUCACAGAGCGCAGGGGUUUGACCAAGAGGGGAAUUUGAAGUUCCAAAUCGGCCACAAGGGACUAGACAUCGAACAGGGAGAGUUGAACUUCCCGACUGGCAUUGCGGUGGACGCGGAGGGAAACGUUGUGAUGGCGGAGUUAUCAGGCAACAGGUUGAAGGUGAUGCGGUCGGACGGAAUAGACGUGUGUACCAUCAGUAGUGAUGGGGACAAACUGAACAAACCACACGGGGUGGCUGUGACGGAAGACGGCUUUGUGUUUGUAGCUGACUCUGGUAAUCAUUGUAUCAAGAAGUACAAAUAUCUGUAGGAUUUAGAAAAUAGCCAUCAUCAACUAACGAUAUCUGUAGACGGAACCUACAUCAUACAUGAAGAAGCAUGUGUAGAAAGUUUCUGCAACUUACCAACUACAAAGUUGCAUUGGGGCAACGUUUAUGGUUAUUCUUGGCCCUGCAAAU